AUGUUGCCACAGCGAUCCAGCAGCACCAGCAGCUGCGGGAUGUCCAAGAGCAGGCGGUCGCCACUCAUUUCCCUCCGUUAUGAGGAGACUGCUCAGGCAGAGCUGCCCAUCCCGCUGCCACAGCGAAACCCAUCAAGGCUGCACCGCUCGCGAUCAACUCGCUCGAUGGCAACAGUGCGGUCAACAGCCACAGCUGCCACAGCUGCCACGACAGCCACAUUCGACAUAUUGCCAGUGUCAGCCUCGUCCCCAUCCUCGUCCCCACAGCCACAGUCGCAGCCGUCAUCUCCUACGUCUGCAUCGUCUGUGCCAUCUAUGCGGCCCAAGACGUCCAUGUCGUCACUGACAUCGUCACCGACAACCUCACAGUCGGCCUCCUCGUCUUCGUGCUCAUCACCCACCGUGGCCAUGGCGCCAUCGAUGUCGGGGCCGCUUGUCAUCCUGCGACCGCCAAUGCUGAUCGCACCACCCCAAGAGCAGCACCCCGCUCUUCGCAGGCGUUCGAUUCGACCCAUUGCCGAAGAAGAGGGGGGUGCAGACGAGGUCUACGUUGGCCGCCGCAGCUACGAUCGCAACAUCAUCGCGUCCAAGCACGACUCGUUUCUGGCACCGUCGCCGUCAACAUCAACGCUGCGCGUCAACCAGACGUGCUCGGAGACUGAGACUGAGACUGAGAUCCACCGCACGGUGACGGCCAAAACCACACUGAAAAGCGGCCACGUCACGUCGGGAUCUGCCGCCACAUCAUUGCCUGUCAGCAGGGCGGUGUGUGCGAGCCCAACGACAAGAGAGCCCGAGAAGGCGUCUCAUAAAGAUGGCACAGCCGCUCGCGUUGCACCCGUCGCAUCCGUCGGGAAAUGUGGUAUCGGACAUACCAGCAGGGUCAGCGUUGCCUCUGUCAGCAGUGUAACAACCACUGCGACCAUGGUCAUCAAGGCAGCCGCGCGAAACGCAGCGCAGGAAAAGACGAGGGUCGCCCAGGCGAAGAAGCCCGAGGUCUCGCCUGCUCCGGUGCCAGCCGCGCCGGCGAUUCGUGAACGGACGUGGCAUCUGUCAAAGGCCUUCAGCUUUCGGUCCAGUGCAUCGGACAAGAAGAAGAAACGGCGCAGCAGGUUUGCAGGCCUGUUUGGCUGUUCAGAGGACACAGCCAAAAGCAGCUGUAUUAGUGGAGGUUCGGGCGAGAUUCUGCCACCAUGCACCGCCCGCACAACAGCCACCCCGCCGGCAGACAGUGUGACUAAGCCCAGAGCGUCCUGGUCGAUGCCGCUAGGACUUUCUUCGUCGUCGGCCUCCACUCGCCAGAACGCGUCAAAGGCAGAAGAUUGCACAACGACGUCAGGGCCCCUUUCCCCGGUCCACCACAACCCCUGCUCUGCUCUGGGCCCUCCCUCGUCCUCGUACUCGUCUUCCCCUUCCGCACUUCCUGCCUGCAGCCAAAACAAGCCCUUGUCGCCGACCCCCUUUAUCUUUCGGGCACUGUCGAUAUCCGAUCCACGACGAAAACAUCAGUCUAGCAACAGCAACGGCAGCAACCGCAUCAGCUUUAGCAGCAAUCGUCCCCACCCUCCCCCCAGCGCAGGCCCCGGUGUGUUUGAGCCUAUCAGCACAUCGAUCCCGACCGAGACGCUUAUCGAGAAUGAGUUGUUGGCGGCGCUGACGUUUUCGCACCGUGGUAGUCUGAUGCUCAUGGGCCAACGCGCCGACGUCAUGGGCGAGGGCGCGCGCGGCUUGGUUGAGGGGGGCGCGGCCGGAGAGGCUCUUCCGCCGGCGAUCGAGGUGGAGGCGGCUUCUGUGGCCGAACCGCUGCCGCCUCUUCCAUCUGUGCCGCGUGCACGCCCAAGACUGACGGAAGACGCCGAGCGCGAGUCCCACAAGGUGCGGUCGAUGUACGACGAAGACGACGUCCUCCGCUGGGAAGACGGACAGCCGCCUGCUGCCGGCGACGACGACCCCGUCAGCCAAGACGCCCAGCCAAAAGGAGCAGCGACAGCACCGCAUCUGUGCGUCCUCACGAGCGAGCCGGCUCCGUCGUCUGUUGGCCUGCCCGAGGAGGCGGCUGAGGGCUAUAGGAGUGAGCAGAACAUUGCCGCUUCACGCACGCUGUCUUACCCCGCCUCGACGGCCCGACACAGUCUGCAUCCCUACGACAAUGGCCUCCACCACUUUUCCGACGAAACCGAAUCGAGACGAGCAUCGAUCGUGUCCGUAGCGACGACCGUGUCCUCUACGGGGGCACCGUUGCCGAGGACCCCGUCGUUGCUGCUGUCGCCGCGAUCAGCUGGCUCGGACAGCGCCACGAGCAGCAGCAACAACAACAACAACAACAACAACGAUAACAACAGCAACAACAUCCGGCGGCACCAAAAGCAGCGCGGCCAGUUUGAGCUCGCUGGUGGCCUCGAAGAUUGGGAGGAUGUAGAAGUGGGGGACGUGGACCGGUUCGGCUUCAUCCAGGUGCCCCGACGGCCGCACACGACGACAGCUGCGAGCGGCGACAGCAGCAACAAUGAGAUGCUGGCGGCGCCGUCUCUGCAUGGCCGAGGCGGGCGCAGCAGCCAUGGACUGCGCAAUAUCUCACCGAGCGGGGCAACGAUACUGACGCAGCGGUCGGCAGCGACGACGAUGGCGGAGGCGGCGCGGUCGUCGAUCCGAGCGGCGGCCAACCUGCUGCCACACAAUCGUGACCGGAAGUGGUUGGACGAGGCCGGCGAUAUGCUGACCAUGUCACCGGGCGGAAUGUCGGACGCAGACGAAGACGGCCUGUCCGAACGGCUGUUUGAAGCACUGAAGCGCAAAGAGUGGGAGCGGUCGGGUAAGUGGCGGCGGAUGGCACAGGUUGUGCGGCGGGAAGGCGGAGACGGCGACAACAUGGGCGAAGGCGGCGGCACCGACUACGAGUUCGACCGGCAGCAUCCCAAGCUGGUCGAGCGGACGUGGAAGGGCAUCCCGGACUGCUGGCGGGCGGCGGCGUGGUAUUCGUUUCUGGCGUCGAGUGCGCGACGACACGCCAAGGUGGCCGGCGAGAGGAGCAAGAGCGGACCCGGAAGCAUCGCCAUUGACGACGACCAGGCGCUCAUUGCGGCCUUUCACCAGCUGCAGCAGACGAGCUCGCCCGACGACAUGCAGAUCGACCUGGACGUGCCGCGGACAGUCGGUGGUCACGUGAUGUUCCGCCGUCGAUACCGUGGCGGCCAGCGGCUUCUGUUCCGUGUGCUGCACGCGCUGUCUCUCUUCUGUGUCGCCGGCACGGGCGGCUACGUGCAGGGGAUGGCGUCGCUGGCGGCCACGCUGCUGUGCUACUACGACGAGGAGCGGUGCUUUGUCAUGCUGGUGCGGCUGUUUCGACUGCGCGGACUCGAGCGCCUGUACGCACCGGGUUUCGGCGGCCUGGUCGAGACGCUGGCCGAGUUUGAGCAGCAGUGGCUGGCGCGCAACGGUCAAAACGCGGCCGAGAAGCUGGCCGAGCUGGGCAUCGACACCAUGGCUUAUGCCACGCGCUGGUACCUGACGCUAUUCAACCUGUCUGUGCCGUUUGCAGCUCAGCUGCGCAUCUGGGACGUCUUCAUGCUACUGGGCGACGGCGAGGAUGCGCUUGGGGAGGAGGAGGACGAUGCAGCAGAGGAGGACGAUGCAGCGACGAGAGGCGAAGCCGGCAAUGCAGACGCUGCAGCCCAGAAUAACGACACACCCGCUGCCACAUCUUCUCUCGCGUCGGGCGACCUCACCAUUCUGCACGCAACCAGCGCCGCUCUCGUCGACGCACUGCAGGACGUGCUGGCCGAUGCCGACUUUGAAAACGCCAUGAAGGCGCUGACAUCGUGGAUCCCCGUCAAGAACGAGGACCUGCUCAUGAAGGUGGUGCACGCAGAGUGGAAGCAGCGGCAGCGGCGACCCCGAUGA